GGGGGCAGCUCAUUCAUCUGUGACAUCUCUGGCGGGGGCAGUUCAAGGUCCAUUGCCACCGGUAAGGCUUGGUGGGUUUGUUGCAGCGGGGGCGGGUCCUCCGGGGCAGAUGUAUCCAUGUCUUGGAGGAGACGACCAUCAUCCUGAUUGUCUGACACUCCGCAGAUCGUGUGGUGAUGUAAGGGCUGCUGCAGCUGGAGGGCAUUCUGGUGAUCAGCCUGUUGCUGCCAGAACAUAUGCAACUGCUCUUAUUGCUGUUGCAGCACCUGUUGUUGCUGGCAGCAUAGUUGCUGCUGCCAAUGUAAGUGCAUUUGCUGUAGGAGCUGCUGCCUUUGUAACACCCGCUGUUGAUAUUGUUGUUGAUGGUAUUGCGCGAGUUGAGCUUGCAGCAGGAUGCGGAGCUGCUCCUCACAUUGCUUGGUCUGCAAGACAUGUUGUUGUUGUUGAUGGUGGAGCUCUUGAGGCUGCCCCUGCGCUUGGCACAUCAACUGCAUUUGAGCUUGCUGUUGAUGUUGUUGAUAUUGCUGCUGUAAUUGUUGUUGUUGUUGUUGUUGAUGUUCUUGUUGCGGAUCAAGUUGUUGUUGAGACACUUGGAUGUGAGCAGCCUGGUAAGAGGCGGGGUCGGAAUGUUGCAGCUGCUGUUGGUGCUGUUGCUGAGGUGGCAGUUGCUUAUCCAUUGAUAUGCCCUGGUACAGUUGGUGCUCUUGACACACAUCCAUGUGUCGCAGCGGGUCAGGCGGAUCCCGGUGCUGUGGUUGCUCCGUGGGAGAACAGUGUUGUUGAUCAUGGCACCGUCGGGUAUGGCACUGUUCCUCCAACUCCACCCUGCUCAGUUGUUGGUCCUGGCGCUGUAGAGCUGCAGGGUUUGCUGUUGCUCCUCCGGCAUCAUCCAUCGUUGAUCCUGUUCCGUUCCACCAUUCAGUUGCUGCAUUUGCAAUUCUGCAGGCGCCAUCAGGUCAGCAUGAACUGGCUGCUGUUGCGUUUUCCUCGUGAGGUCCAGUUGGUGCUUGUGAUCCAGGUGGGGCUGCUCCCUCUGCCUCUCAAGAGGCAGGACGCCAGCCAGGUCUUGGAGUUGGCCAAGGUGUUGCUGCGAUUCCUGGAGUUGCAGCGUCGUGGACGGCUCCCUGUACAUCCCUUGCUGGACUGUCGUCGAAAGCUGAUCUUCACCACAGUUGUCGCUGAGAACAUCUUCCUUCACGUCGAUAGUCGCGCCGACGUAGCUGCAUCCUGCAGGCGCCACGUGGGAAUUCCCAUUCCGGCAUAUGUAGCCGAGGCCGCAGAUACUCAAGACACGUGGCUUCAGUCAGCCAGUGUGGCACAUGACACCACGUAUCUUGCGCGAGUCUUGGUGGACGGGCCCAGCCGUCCGCAGGUCGCGAGGCGCUAGCGUUUGACUUUGGCUGCUGCCUCUCACCAUCAGUACACUCACUAAGCUCUCUCUCUCUCUCUCUCUCUCAAUAUCCUCCGCCUCCCACAUGUUACAGUAUGCCAAACUCG